GGGUACUUCGUGUGCGGGUCGGAGAGCUCGUAAAGUAAAUGAAACGCGUCGAGAGGAGGUAGGAGAAACGAGAAGAGGCUGACCAAGAGGAGUUACAGCUGGGCUGACAACUAUAGCCGUUAGUUUAGUGGAAGUCUCCUCUGUAAGCCUUGAUUUUUAGUAUUUUAAAUAACUGCAACUAACCGUUUUCGAGAGUCCUACUCUGCUCCGUCCAGAAGAUGAAUUCAUUGGGUAAUUCCUCCAAAUGGCCAUCUUAUGACUCACUACCCUCCACGCCGAGCUUUCUCCUUAGUGAGACUGAGCAGACUGAAGAUGAGGCAGAAACCUUCUCAGAGGGAGAGGGGGACAGCGGGAUAAGAAAGUCACCGUCUGCCGAUGAAGGAAUCUCACUUUCUGGAAGCUACCUUGGUUUAUCGUCUCAUACCAAUCGGCUGCGCUCGAGAGCUCAGCGUGACCGGGCUGAACGCUGCUCUGACAAAACUAACCCACCAGACUCUGCCCCUUCUCCUGAAGAUCCCACAUUAUCAUCAUCAGUGACACCAGGGGACAUUGCUUUCGCUCAGAAGUGUGCAGAUUUGCAUAGGUUUAUCCAUCCUCUGCUCGAGCUGCUUCACGGAUUACAGACUGGGCGAUUUGACCGAGGUUUAACCAGUUUUCAGCAGAGUGUAGCCAUGGACAGAUUGCAGAGGAUUCUGGGGAUUUUACAGAAACCUGAAAUGGGUGAGAAAUACCUUCAGAAUCUGCUGCAGAUAGAGAUGCUGCUCAAAAUGUGGUUCCCUCGGGAGGCGUCUACAUCCACAGACACACCAAACAAGACUACCACUCCCAGACUCGCACCGCACUGGCGCCAGAAUCAGCUCCACAUGCCAGUAAAGAAGAGAAAACUGAGCUGGCCAGACUCUGCCCAGGCUGGCACAGUCCCAACCAAGCAUGGAAAACAUGGGAGCUGCCAUGCUGCCACUUCACUAGACGCUGUUUUCACGUGUCGACGCGGAACCCCCACAGAACAGAAAACUCCAGAGGAAGAACCAGAUGAACCAGCUGGGUACACAUCUGUACAUGAGUUUACACGCAGGACUGGCACUUUAAGCAGGCCGUCAUAUUUAUGUAGCAGGAGAGCAAAUGAGAGUCGGAAGCAGCCCGAGAUUUCUCCGCCCUCCUCCUCGUGUGGCAGCCCGGCUACACAAGACAGCUUGGUGUCUUCAAGCAACAUCAUUACUACAAGUGACUCACCUUAGCUGGCCUUCGAUGACCUUGCUAUCACAUGGAGGUGCCUCAGCAUGCCAGCCAGACUGAAAGAAGAGGGCGGACUCGAUUACAUAAGAAUAAAGUUGGGCGUGGAGCCAGUCUGUGAUGCUUAUAAGGAACAUUAAACCAGAAGAGGAGGAGGAGAACUGUACAGAGACGCUCAUUAACCCCUAACUAUCCAGUGUGGGUUUUUGAUGACACCAGAGUUAUUGCAAAGUGUUUGUCUGAAUGACUUUUGUAUACAUCCACCUUUAAGUUAAAAAAAAAAAUGAUGGAAAUACUUUACAUGUGUACAUGUUUUAAAGCAGUCUGUGCUGUGGUUUGUAUGUUUUCAUAUCAUCGAACGCAGCUCUAAACAGUAGCAGUACAGGAUUUCACACCAUUGAUGAAAAACUGUGUUGUUUGUAGCAGGACAAAAAAAAAUCAGUUGAAUAUAAAAUACUUUCUUAAGCAACGAUUGGAUCUAUGGCUGCUUAAAUUGUAUUGCAUUUGCACUAUUUUCCCCGAGUAAAUAGGAGAAAAAUAAUUUGUGGCUUAAUUCAUUGUAAAGCAAAUUGCAAAUUGUUUACAAAUAUACCUCAUUAUUGAACUCAGAUGACUCAAAAUAUCAUUUAGGAAAGUUCAAAAGUAUUUUUCCACCUGUCUGAUUGUAGCAUACAGUAGACUAAAGGCAUGUAGCCACAGCCAAAAUGUGCCAAACUAUACCGUAUUGCGUUAUCAUAUCACAAGCAGCAUACUCUAGUGUCACAGCACUUAAUAUGUACACUGUUUUUUGUUGGUUUUUUUUCAUCUGCACUCAUUAAGAACAGAUGCUGCCCCACACAGAACGUGACUGACCCAUAAUUACUGAGCCGAGUUAGAAACCAAAGAAGCUCAGCUGGUCGGUCGGCUGUUUGUUAUUCUGUGAGCUAGUUGUAGGUUCGAUGGACUUGAAAUAUUUUUUUACACAUGACUUUUGAGUCACUUUUUUUUUCUCAUUGGGUGAAGUAAACAGGAAUAAUAUUUAAGCCUGUGUGACUUUGAAUUGAUGCAGCUGCACUUUGGAUGACAAUGAGGAAAUGUUACACACUUAAGAAUUUGUGAUAUUAUUUAUAAAAGCAGUACUUGAACGCCUCAAUUCCAGUUCCAAUUUGCAGGGGGAGAACGUGUCAUUUGAUUGUGGUUUUGGCGCUGCGCUUGCUAGAGCAAAUUUAGCUUAUUAUUCAUACAAAAAACUCCAAAUGCAUUGUGUCAUCGUGAGGGCAAAGAACAGUCUUUUGUGCCCCAUUUUAAAUUGAUUUGCAACCCUGAAAGUGCUUUACUAUUGAGUAAUUAUGAGUAAAUAUCAGGGGGGGAUAAGAUAAACAAAACACUUUCCAUUCCAUUUCUAUUGAAUUUUUCUUUUUUCUUUGUACCAUCAUAUUUUAAAUCAGGUAUCAUUCAUGUUGAAUGACGUUUCAUCUCCGGUGUUUGUUUUGUUUUUUACCAGUGGGCCUUAUUUUAUCAUACAUUAAGGUAGCCGUAGGCUUUCCUGACAUGAAAUCAUAAAAGAAAAAGUCAUAUGAAAAAUGUACUAUUUAACCAACAAUGGUAAUAUCAUGUCCUCACAUAUGCCACUGAAAAGUGAAUGUUUCUCAGGCUUUGUCCUUAGUCAUGUAUGAGUUUUCUUAUUUAAAGUGGAAAUUGCAAGCACAAGGCGGAGAACAAUAAUGCGGUGUAGUGUUGUGUUAGUCGAUAACAUUUAGCAUCCUGGAGUACACUUUUGUUGUGCUGGGUUACACUUUUCAUUUGUGAAAA